UCUCUCUCUCUGUUGUGUGUGGUGUGUGUGUGUGCGUGCAUGCGUACAGGUGUCCCUUCCAGAGCGUACCUGUGAGGUCCACCGGCUCACUCUGUCUAAGGACGAGCAGGCCGUGUAUGAUGUGGUCUUUGCACAGUCUAGAUCCACUCUGCAGAAGUACCUGAAGAGACACGAAGCCCCUGAGCUGAACAAGAACAGCCCUUCUACCUCCAACCCCUUUGACAAAGUGGCCCAUGAGUUUGGGAUGUCCCAGGCUGAGGCGUCCCCAUCAUGUUCACAGUCCAAACAGGCGUCCAGCACUGUCCACAUCCUGUCCCUGCUGCUGCGGCUGCGUCAGUGCUGCUGCCACCUGUCCCUGCUGCGAAAGACUCUGGACUCCUCUGAGCUGCAGGGGGAUGGCAUCGUCCUGUCUCUGGAGGAGCAGCUCAGCGCCCUCUCUCUGAGCUCCAGCCCAGCUCAGUCUGACCCUGACCCCAAACACUUGGUGUCCCUUAAUGGCACCCACUUUGACACGCAGCUGUUUGAGGACACCCGACACAGCACCAAGAUUUCUGCGGUCAUCUCUGAGCUGCAGGCCAUCCGGCAGUGCGGGGCCGAUCAAAAGAGUGUGAUUGUGUCCCAGUGGACUAGUAUGCUCCACAUUGUGGCUGUGCACCUGAGGCAGAUGGAGCUGAGUUACGCAGUCAUAGACGGGACAGUGCUGCCCAAGAAGAGGAUGGACCUGGUGGAGGAGUUCAACACCAACCCCCAUGGCCCGCAGGUGAUGCUGGUGUCUCUCUGUGCUGGAGGAGUGGGACUCAACCUGAUCGGAGGGAAUCACCUCUUCCUCAUCGACAUGCACUGGAACCCCGCUCUGGAGGACCAGGCCUGUGACCGGAUCUAUCGAGUGGGCCAGAGAAAAGACGUCACUAUUCAUAGGUUUGUGUGUGAAGGCACCGUGGAGGAGAAGAUCUCCACUCUCCAGGUCAAGAAGAAAGAGUUGGCUCAGAACGUGCUCUCAGGGACUGGGAGCACGCUGUCCAAACUGUCCCUGGCUGACCUGCGCAUCAUUUUUGGAGUGUAGACACUGUCCCACCUACUUCAUCUUUGGAAUGACAGGUGUGGCCCGUGGAGGAACAGCACGCUCAGACUGGGACUGUGAUUAUAUACUGUAUGUCUGUAGCCUUAUUCACUUCAGUAUGUCUGCUGUGACUAGCAGCACUGUUGAGACAACACAACUCUGUAUUCUUGUUCAAUAGUGUCACUCAAUGAAAUUAUUUUAUUCACAACAACUUUUAAUCUGGUCAUAUUUAUGUUGUAAUAAAUCAUAUGUGUCGUCAUAUUACUGAC